AAAUUGAACUACAUUCAGAAUAUCAUCUGUGUGUGCUUAAAUCGACCAGAGAUGGCAUGGAAUAGAUAUCUGGGUGUGGAAGUGAUGCUGCUACUCUGUAGAUUUUCAAUGAUUUUAGAAGGAUCCGUGUAUACGAAUCUGUACAUCUACAGGACUUGUUACGUAAUAUUAGGUUAUAAUCAAUCGGAUUGUGCCCAAUUAGGAAAUGAGGUAAACGAUAUAACCAAAGAUUUGGAACCGAAAGUUCAACCGACCGUAAACAAAAUCAAUAUGGUACAAACAGUCGCUGGUACUUUGUUCCCGAUGAUUUUUAACUUGUUUGUGGGAACGUGGUCCGACAAAUUUGGAAGAAAACCGUUCUUGUUGCUUUGUUUAAUAGGGAUAAUUGUUACGACGACUGGAAAUAUUUUCAUUAUUCAUUUCGAAAACGCUUCGCCUUGGUGGUUUAUAGUGACUUCUUUACCGACUGUUGUCACGGGUGGAUUCGUUACUUUAUUCAUUGUCAUUUCAGCUUAUCUAGUUGAUAGUUCGACCUCCACAAAUAGAGCUACUAGAUUUUCUUUGAUUGAAGUGACAUCUGGAAUAGCCUCGUUCGUUGGAAGUCUUGUAUCGGCGCCUAUUUUAUACGCUACUAGCUACCAAACUAUAUUUAUUAUAGCAGCUGGACUACAACUGACUAGUUUUCUAUAUACUUUACUGUUUAUAUCAGAAACAGUUAAGAAAGAAAACAAUAAUAGAGUGCCGAAAAUUGUAGAGUUAAUAAAAACAGGCGGUAUCAUCGGAAAUAUAAAACAUGCUUUGAGAAAACGCGAAAACAACAUCAGACCAUACCUUCUAAUGAUUGUAGGAGUACCACUGAUAUCAGGAUUUGCGAGUGGACAAGCAUCUGUCAUGAAUCUAUUUUUGAGAGCUAAACAUCAUUGGAAUUUAACCAAAAUUAACACAGUUCACAGUUUCGUAAGUGUUUUGAAUAUAUCUGGUACGCUGGCUGGUACGUUCCUUUUAUAUAAAACGCUGAAAAUGAAAGAGAUGCAUUUGAUUUUGCUGUGCAUGACAACUGCUUCCAUUGGUAAUUUACUAUGGGGUCUGGCCACAAAUGAUUAUUAUAUUUACGCAACUUAUAUCAUCAAUUGUUUCGGCGGGCUCGCGUCAUUGAUGUGGAAAACUCUUCUGUCCUACAUGGUACCACCUGAUGAAAUUGGAAAAAUCUUAGCUCUCGUUACGAUUAUCAACAAUUUAAAUAACUUGCUAUCGAGUUUAGUUUAUACCAACAUUUACAACGCCACUAUUGACACUAAUAGCGGGAUUUUCAACUUUGUUUCGUUUGGUAUUCACGUCGUCGUUCUUAUCAUUAUCCUAUUUAUGUUACGAUUGAAGUUGCCUCGAUACCAAGCGCCUACAGAUGCAAAUGCGGAAAUUGAAAGCGGUCCUAAAGAAGUCACUUCGAAUAAUAACACUACUGAAUCUGUCAAAAAGAAUUCAAAUAGAAGAAGUUUAAGUUUGGAUAUUGCCGUAACGGUUAAUAAUGAAAUUGAAGAAAAUACGAAGAAAUUCAGUUUAAAUUAUUAGUCGAGUUUGAUGUGAAUGUGGUUAGGGUAAUGUAGAUAGUGAUUGAUAGUAAAUUAACCUAACCUAACAUUAUAUAAAGCAUCAAACAAUAUUUAGUUGUUCUUCAGGUUAUCUGAAGAUUAAUCAAAAUCAUUAUAAUCAUAUAUUUUUACCUAAAAAUUAAAAUUAUUAUGGUUUUUGUCGUUUUGGUGGUAUAAACAGUGGUGGAAUCAUGACAUAUUUUACUUUUGACAGAAUAUAUUGUCUAUAAACUCAAAAAAUGUGGAUUCAAGUAAAAAAAUAACCUUUAAUAGUGGUUAUUGACGCAAAAUGUAAGAAAAUAUGUCAGUAUAACUAAUUUUGAAAACUUCCGGUUUUUGUUUAACUGGAUUUUAUCACAAAUUCUCCGUAACACCCUGUAUAGUAUAAUGACAAUAAACUAUUUAUUGGGAAUAGUGGCACGAGUACGAUUUCCGUCACGGUAUUUUGUAAAUCGACUAAAAAUAAGUCGAAAAUGAAGAAUAAAAUUUUUCGAUAUCUCGCUUCGAUUUCGAGAUAUCGAUACUACUUAAUCUAAUCUAACCUAACCUAUACGGGGCUUCGACUUUUAAAGCGUUCGGAAUGUACUUCUUGAUUGAUAAGCCAAAAACCUCAUAUUUCUACAAUCAAAUAUCGAUGAAAUCUUGUAAAUAAUGUAAAAAUUAAAUAAACAACUUUUUGUUUUUUUAAAAAUAAAACUCGUGCUGAAUUCAAGGCGCACGCCAUCUGUUGUCUGAAACGAAUCUCGAACUAACGUUUAUUUGUGACUUCCAGUAUCGAUAUCUCGAAAACGAAGUGAGAUAUCGAAAAAUUUUAUUCUUCAUUUUCGAUUUAUUUUGGCCUAAUUAAGCCUUAUUCGCUAAUCGUUCUCUCCACGAAAUAGUAUUAAAAUAAUUACUAGUGUUGAUCUGCUUAUAUAUAUGAAAUAUAUUUUUUAAGAUAUUUUUCUCAAUAGAGAGGAUCUGAUAUUAAUAUUAUAUUAUUUGGUAUUGUAAAUAUUCAAAUAAAUAAAUGAAUGAAAGUGUUA